GUCAAUUCUACAUUGUGGCUAAUGGCUUGAUCAGUGUUAAUUUUAGCUUGUUGUUCAUUAAAUUUGUCAAUCAUUUGUUUUUUGGGACGUGUUUAGUUAAAUAUAAAAUAUGUUUUAAUUGAAACUUCUCAAUUUGUGAAUUAUAUUCCGAAAUUAUACUGUAAAAGGCCAAAAUGCCUUCAAUAGAUGUUAUGGGCCCUCCGGGGCAGCAACUGGAGGGUCCACCUGAAGAGCCCCAAGCACCUCCACCGCCAGUAAUUGGCAUUAUUUAUCCACCUCCAGAAGUCAGGAAUAUUGUUGACAAAACCGCUAGUUUCGUUGCCCGCAACGGUCCUGAGUUUGAAGCUCGUAUCAGGCAGAAUGAGCUUGGCAACCCUAAGUUUAACUUCCUCAACUCUGGUGACCCGUAUCAUGCUUAUUAUCAGCAUAAGGUCAAGGAGAUUCGGGAAGGAAAAGGAAAUGAUGUAUCAGCUGCUCCUGCAGCUCCUGUUCUCCAAAGGCCAGGUCUUGCACCCGCCACUGCUGCUCGCCAGCAGGAACUCCUCAAAGCUGCAGUCCCUGUUGAACCUCCACCACCUCGUGACCCGCCACCAGAUUUUGAGUUCAUCGCUGAUCCCCCGUCCAUUUCCGCGCUUGAAUUGGAUAUCGUUAAAUUGACAGCACAGUUUGUAGCUAGAAAUGGCAGACAGUUCCUCACAGAUUUAAUGAAGAAAGAGGAAAGGAACCAUCAAUUUGACUUUCUUCGCCCACAGCACUCCCUCUUCCAGUACUUUACGCGGCUUUUAGAACAAUACACCAAGGUUUUAUUGCCGCCCAAGGAGCUGGUUGUAAAAUUAUCUGCAGAAGUCAGAAGCGGUGUGCUGGAGCAGGCUCGCAGUCGUGCUGCAUGGCAUUCGUACCAGGCUCGACGCAAGGUGGCAGACGAGGCUAGAAUAGAGAAAGAGCGACUUGCGUACGCUUCCAUCGAUUGGCACGAUUUUGUCGUCGUCGAAACGGUUGAUUACCCAGCGGGGGAACCUGGCGACUUCCCUCCGCCAACCACUCCGCUAGAGGUGGGCGCACGGGUACUGGCACAGGAACGAGGAGAGGACAUAAAUCAGGGCCAGGAUGAUGAUGAUACUGAGAUGCAGCUGGAAUCAGAAUCGGAAUCCGAAUCUGAUGAUGACUUGGCCGAAAUGGAGGAUCGGACACAGCAACAACAGCGGCCAGAUGAUAACCGCGUACAAGAUAUGGAAGAAGACAGCUCCUCUUCAGAGGACGAGGGUCCUCCAGAGCCGCCCGCGAGACAAGCUGGAGAAGAGGCGCCGUUGCCGCCACGUCCGGACCGUGUCGUGGUCAAGAAAUAUGAUCCGAAACGCUCCAGGCCACAGCCGACGCCCGCAAGCGAGGAAUGGCUCGUGUCACCCAUCACUGGGGAGAAGAUUCCCGCUAAUAAAGUGGCAGACCACGUGCGUAUCGGUCUGCUGGACCCGCGCUGGCUGGAGCAGCGCGACCGCGCCGCCGCCGAACGCACCGACAGGGAUGAGGCGCUCGCGCCUGGUGCCGCCAUCGAAGCGUCUCUUAAACAGCUGGCAGAACGCCGUACCGAUAUCUUCGGUGUGGGCGACGAGGAGACGACGAUCGGUAAGAAGAUCGGCGAGGAGGAGAAGCGGCGCGACGACCGCGUCACGUGGGACGGACACACGUCCAGCGUGGAGGCCGCCACGCGGGCUGCGCGCGCGCACAUCACGCUCGAGGACCAAAUACAACAGAUACACAAGGUCAAAGGCCUGCUGCCAGACGAGGAGAAAGAGAAGAUCGGUCCGAAGCCAGUGGCGGGCCCGGCGCGCGGCCGCGCCGCGCCGCCCGCGCCGCCGCCCGCGCCGCCCGCGCCGCCCGCCGCGCCGCCAGCGCCCGUGCUGCUGCAGCCGCUGCCGCCGCUCAUGGUGCUGCCGCCGCUGGCGCCGCGGCCGCCGCUGAUCCCGACGCCGGCGUACGGGUUCCCGGCGGCGGCGGCGGUGGCGCCGCCCGCGGCCGACGAGGAGGACGCGCCGCCCGCCAAGCGCCUGCGCAGCGAGGACGCGCUCGAGCCCGAGGCCGCCUGGCUCGCGCGGCACCCCGCGCCCGCGCACCUGCAGGUGUCGCUGCCGUCGCUACCAGAGCGCGCGGAUUGGCGGCUGGACGGGCGGCUGCUGCCGCUGAGCGUGCCGCUCGCCACCACCGUCGCCGAGCUCAAGAACAUGCUACAGCGUUCCACCAACAUGCCCACCGCCAAGCAGAAGUUACACUACGAGGGUCUAUUCUUCAAGGACACGAACACACUGGCGUACUACAACGUGCCGCCCGGCGCCGUCAUCCAGCUGCAAGUGAAGGAGCGCGGUGGUCGCAAGAAAUAAAUUGCAAAUGUAAUAGAAUAGCUUCAUUUGACAUGUUCAUAUAUGAUUUUGACGAAAUAUAUGCGGAUAUCCACUCUA